AAAAAGUUUCUGCUCUAUCUCAAGAAGACGCAUUACAGUCCUGCAAUAAAGCAAAAACAAAAGUUAUCCCAUUUACAGUGGAAUAUAAUCCGUCAUUGCCAAACAUAGGAGCCGCAAUAAACAAGUAUUGGGACUUACUUAACCUGUCACAGAAAGAAGAAGUGAAAAGUGUGCAUGAAACUUAUAAGCCAAUACUGGCGUUUAAAAGGCCUAAUAAUAUAGGAAACUUCAUUACACGUGCUCAGUUUACGAACAGUUUGAACAGUUCACGUGCGUCCAGUGCCUGUGGAAGAACACGUUGCUCCCAUUGUAAAUCCAUACACGUUGGAGAAAAAUUUAAAAGUACAGUAACAGGCGAGCAAUUUAAUUUACAGAAGAAUAUGAAUUGUGCAUCUAAAGAUGUAAUAUACCUCAUUACAUGUAAACAGUGUAAGAAACAGUACGUUGGACAAACCAUGCAACCGGUGUCAAAAAGAAUGAACAGUCAUCGAUUUGACAUAAGAAACUUUUCUAACCCUGAAUUUUCAACUUUGGUCGCAUCACAUUUUAAUGAAGAUCACCACAGCGCAAAUGACUUUUCCUUUAUGCCAAUUGAUGUUGUUAAUAACAACAUAGAUCGUCUAUGUAAAGAAACUUACUAUAUACAUAGACUUAAAACAUUACACCCUAAUGGUAUGAAUAACAAAGUUCUUUUUAACAUAAAAGACUAGCUCUUCAAUUUAAUUAAGCUUACUUUUGUUUUUUCCUAUUAGUAUUUUUAUAUAUAAUUUUAUAGGAAAUUGUGUAUUCUUGAAUCCGAAAGUUAAGCUUAAUUUAAUUAACGUUCAUUUUAUUGACGUACAUUUUCCCGCAUUUUAAUGUACGUUAAGUCAAUGACGUAACAUCCGCUUUCUGUUAUUAUUUGUAUUAUCCUGAUGAAGGCGUAAGCCGAAACGUUGAUAAAAAAGGAAAGAAAAAUAUGUGUUUUUGUUGGAUUUAUCAUACUAUAUUGUGACAUAAAAUGACAUGAUUUAUAAAGCGGAAUGAUGUGGUCCACAGACUUAACGAGACAUAUCUGGCCUUAAGGGAAAAAUGGUUAGCGAGCAGACGUCAAUGCUCAUCGAUGACAGCCGACCGUCUGCUUUUAUAGCAAAGCAGAAGACGUUCAUCCUAAAUGCGCCAGGCGAAUUAAAUGGGCGGAUAACUUUAACUCACAAGGUUGCUAGUGCCUCAUUUACGACGAUAAACGCUAGCGCUCUGGUGCACCCGGAGGACGCUUUGGGGAUGUUCACCUACCACACGGUGCUAAUCGACGCCCCAGAAGAUGACCUCUACAUCAAUAUGCGGCCUGCCGCCGGCAUACAGUCCAUCACGGCGUAUCUGGCAUGGCUUCUGCAGUCGGUUUAACUAUAACUCUAAGAAGGUCCUCUCUGCCCCAACUGGUCGGCGAAGUUCACUCCGAAAGAACGUCAGAGUAGCGCUAGAGUUUGCAAGUUGUGUCUGGGACUGGAACUCUCAGGUACGCGAAGGUUGCAGUGUGCGCUGUCCGGAACACGAAGGAUGCAGUGUGCGCUGUCCGGUACACAAAGGUUGCAGUGUGCGCUGACCGGUACACGUAGGUUGCAGUAUGUGCUGACCGGUACACGUAGGCUGCCGUGUGCGCUGUCUGGUAAACGUAGGCUACAGUGUGCGCUGUCCGGAACACGUAGGCUGCAGUGUGCGCUGUCCGGUACACGAAGUUGCAGUGUGCGCUGUCCUGUCCACGUAGGUUGCAGUGGGCGCUGUCCGGUACACGUAGGUUGCAGUGUGCGCUGUCUGGUACACGUAGGUUGCAGUGGGCGCUGAUCGGUCAACGCAAUCAGACCGGUGCUAGGACACGUCGCUCCACUGACGCCACGAACAUAAAACGAACGACAUUCGACAUGUCCGUCGUGGCCGUUGGUUGCAUAUUUUGGGACGAUGAGGUUAUUUUAACGUGGAGCGGAAGGGAGCGGGAUAUAUGUUAUGUUCUUUCACGUACACUCAGCAUAUUAUUGUAAAACACAAAGUAAGGGAUACAUUACAAAAUAAAGACUACAUGAACGCAUGAUAUACAUAUCCUUAGAUAUGUUCACUGAACAUUUGUUGCAGGAGUCACAUUCAUUCAAUUAACAUUUUAAGGAAUUCCAUCAUCCAAAUUGUAUGUUUAACGGAUACUUUGUAUAGUUCUGUUAAGGAUCAAAUAAACGUAUGCCUUUAAUAUGGGUGAGUAUCAAUUAGUAUCUACAUGAAUACGUUAAUUCUCACUCGGAGCGAUUACUUCAUCGAAAUGGGUUACCUUGAAUGCAAAUGUAAAGCCAUGAAGAAGAUGACGUUUUCUCACUCCUUCCACGUGCCCACCAACAGGAUCGACAUCAGUUCUGUGUUCUUGAAGUUCUCUCCCCUAAACCAGGCCGCCGUCAUGGCAACGCUCAUCCUGAUCCUGCUCAUUUACGCCCUUAUCAUCAUCUGAGCCCGGCGCCAGAACAGACUGAAUGUGCUGAAGUGGGGCGUGACGCCGUUAGCCGACAACUUCUCUUUGGACAACUACUUUUACAUCCUCAAGGUGAUCACUGGGAUCCGCCCAGGGGCCGACACGAGAUCUCGCGUGGGUUUCGUUAUCUCCGGCGAGGAUAUGGACACAGGGGUCCGGGAACUCUCCGAUGGUGUCAGAAAGGAAUUUGCUAGCGGCAGCGUCUUGAACUUCCUGUUGUCGACGACGGUAUGCCUUGGAGACCUGGAGUACAUCCGGAUCUGGCCCGACAACUCGGGCGGCGGCAAGCACUCCGGCUGGUAUCUGAGUCGCAUAAAGGUGCAGGACCUGCAGAGAAACGAAACAUUCAUAUUCCAGGCGGAGCGCUGGAUGGCGCUCGAGAAGGACGACGGCUUGCUUCAGUGUGUACUUCCGUUGCGUAAGACGGAGAGCAUUAACCAGUUCAACACACGAUUCAUCAGGAACGCCAAGGAGAUGCUUGCCGAGAGUCACAUGUGGGUGUCUAUCGCAUACCGGCCACAGACCAGCAACUACAGGCGCUGUCAGCGGGUUUCCUGCGCCCUGGCAUUCAUCAUGCUAAGCCUGAUUUCCAACGCCAUGUUCUUCCGGGCUGAGGGCAAGGACGAAGACAUCGAGGACGGCGCGGACAUCCAAGUUGGGCCUUUCCGAUUUUCGUUGAAACAGGUAUACACCUCUUUCUUCUCGGCGCUGAUUGUUAUGCCGCCCACUAUCCUCCUCAUCUACCUCUUCAAACUCUCCAAACCCAAGCCCGCAGACCUGAACACGACAUUGUUCAAGCCCAGUGAGAGGUCGACCAAGAUCCGGGUCCCGAUGGUCCACGACUGGCUCGAAAAACAUCACCAGCGUAGCGUUCAGCUUGAAAAGUGUCUUGUCCAGAAAGGAUACCCUUCAACGCAGGACCUGAAACUGCCGUACAAGUGCACGUACCUCGCCUGGUUCCUGGUUUUCAUCAUAUGGUUCCUAUGCGCGUUUUUCAUUUGGGGCAAGAAGAAGUCAGAAGAGAGGCUCACCUCCUUCUUCCUCUCCUGCUUUGAGUCCAUAUUCUGUCUUGACCCCGUCAAGUUCGAUGCCCGACUCCAAGGCGAUCAUCGACAAAAGUACCAUCAUGAAGAAGUACUCGAACAGUCUCAGGGGACGGUCUGGCGAUAUGCGAGAUUGUGCUCAUACAAUGUCGUCUGCAGGGGGUAUGCGCACCCUGUUCAUACAAUGUCGUCUGCAUGCGGUAUGCGGCUAGCAGCGCCCCCUCUGGCCAAGGGGCAUCUGAAGAAAGCCAAGCGUCUGCGGCGGAAGGAGCUGCAAAUGAACAGGGCGAUCCGGAACACCAUACUGAACCUCCUCAUGUGCUGGAUAAUCUUCAGUAUCGCCUACAGUAUACGUGACGGACGCUCCUACCUUAUUUACAAAGAAACUAUUGAUGCAUUCAUUGCACCUCCCAAUAGAAAUUACCCACCUCCUCAUCAAACUGAACAUGAAUUACCGAAAUUUACUGAGAUAAAAAAGCACCAGGAUUACUUUGAAUGGCUCAACAAGACGGUGCUGCCCCGGAUGUUCCCGGAAGUUGAUAUCAAUAAUGAAACGCUCGACUGGCGCUUACAGCAGUUCAUUAAAGGAGGGACUAAGUACAGGGUCGGUCCUCCUCGACUGCGACAACUCAGAAUCAAAUCAGAUCGCUGUAAAAACGAGUACAUGGAUGAAACAAAAUGUUUUAAGAACUAUAACGAGCCGGACGAGGAAACACGUGUCUUCUGCAUUGGUUGGAAGGCCGGGCCGUGCGACGACAAGGAGAGCAUCUUCGAUUACUCAUCUGCUGCCUGGAAUUUCACGUCGGCGUUCGAUAUCUGGGGGUCUACCUAUCGCAGGGAGGAACAAUAUAUAUGGUGGAGAAGGAUACAUCGCAAAGUUGGACGUCAAUAUGCUAUGAAAAAAGAUGAGUCGCAGCAUUCGGCUCCGCGGAGUAACAACGCACGGAUCGGAAACAUUAAUAUUGACACCUUAAAGGAGACCCGGAUCGCGAUGCAGUGCGCCCUCACAUCCGACCCCCUAGAUUGUUCGAUGCCGGUUGCCGACAAACGAGCGAUGGUCAGGUUUCGAAAAUGAACACAGCAUCGGCAUUUUGACCGCCAGUGUUAGUAACGUUUUGUUGCGGAGUGCUAUUUUAAAAAAUCACACUGUAUUGCAGUCUGAGAAACUAUUAAAAAACACACUUGUAAUACAUGUUGUAUCUACGCUGUUGUGUAAUAAAUAUUCUAUAAUACGAGUAAUGUCGAUAUAUAUAUUUAAUAGCAUGAACGACAUUUUAUAUAUAUAUAUAUAUAUAUAUAUAUAUAUAUAAUCAGGGACGACACUUUCCUCAAAAACUUGAUAAUGUGUAUGUAUUUCUUAUCUUCAGAUUUUGGUGUUUGUCUGUUUAGUUUUUAAAUAAAAAAGCUUAUAUAAAAUCUUGCAUUUAAACUACGAAUAUACAUGCUUGACUAACGAAUAAAUAUAUAGAAACGUAUUAGCUAACCUUCGCAGAAUGUUUCAGAAUUACAACAAUGGGCAGCUGUAUUAUCAGACUCUUAUCAGUUUUACUCAUAUCAUGUCCCCUGUGUAAAACUACUGUGGGUAUUACAAUCUUACAUUUUGUUCACUGUGGAAAUUUAUCAAUCAUGGAUCAAUUAAUAAAUAACUAAACACGCCUUUCGUAUUUCGCUUCCCCAAAAAUAUCACGUGCGAGUUAAUGAGUACUUAAAACACGCGCCUUGGUUAUAAUUAUUGUGAUAAAUGGAUUUCGGUUAACGAUACUGGCUUUAAAUAUUUAAUGGAUCUAAUUUUGUGCGCAGGAUUCAUUGCAGAUUGGCUGGAUUGCUUGAUUGAAAAUAAGUGCGUCAUUAUAACUCAAUCCUGCUAUUAAAAUCUUAACACGAACAUCGGAUGAUUUCACAUAGUUAAAAGAUUUGUUAAAUUUCGACAUAAAAACAUGUAUGACACCAAAAUGUAAAUGUUUUUGUGUUUGCUUUGCAAAUGAAAAGAAACAUCAUCGCGACUGUUGACACAUGUUUGCAAACUAUGCCAUAUGUUACUUAUAAUAAUAACGUGAUAUUGCUUGUAAUAUAACUGUGCGACCUCUUCAGUUUACUACAUAUGUUAUUUAUAUUUAUGCGCAACUGUGUGAGGUAUUGUAUGUGAAGAAAUAUAAGAUGUUCCUGUAAAUCUAUUCGGAUUCUCUGUCUAGAUGAAACUAUCUACCUCACUGCAAAGUGUAUACUGUUUCACGUAAUAAUCGAGGCAUUUUACGAUAUUGGGACAUUGUCCAUUGAAAGUACUUUUUGUCUGGUUGUAAGAGCUAGCUGACUUAAAAGUUGCGUGGGGUAUCUGCAAUUAGAACAUAUUUUGUUUAAUUUGCAUGCUGUUUACGACAUAUUGAACGACACCCAAAAUAUCGGUAAUAUAAAAAAAUCUAAUUCAGUUAUUUCUUAUAUGUUUUAUUGAAACAUUUAUGGUGAUGCAAUUGUGUCAUUGUGAUAAACGUUUGCAUUGUUUUAAUAUAAAUGUAUGAAUUUGAGGGAAAUAAAUAUGUUGAUCCUUU